CCCGUUGCCCCGGCAACGCGAAAGUAACAAUUGCGCCUCUCUCUCUCUGCCCAAAGGAAAGGGGCGGAGCGCCGGCGGGAGAGGCGGAGGGACAUGCGCGAUCGGGGCUCGGAGGCAAGGAGGGGGCGAAGAUGAACGAGAUCAAGGAGAGCCUUCGCAACAUCGAGCAGACCUACAAGGUCUUCCAGCAGCAGCAGUUCACCUUCAUCGCGGCCCUGGAGCACUCCAGGGAGAACGCCCACGACAAGAUCAAGCCCAUCUCCAGCAUCGGGCAGGUGCAGACGUACACGGACCACUACUGCAACAACACGACCGACAGGCGGAUCCUGCUGAUGUUCCUGAGCAUCUGCGCUGACCUGAGCCGGCUGUGCCAGCGCCUGGAGGCCCUCCACUCGGGCAACGCCACCACCAAUGCCCUCCUGGACCGGUGCAAGACCCUGGUCAGCCACAGCAACGACCUCAGCGCUGUCCGAGCCAAGUACCCGCACGACGUGGUGAACCACCUGAGCUGCGACGAGGCCCGCAACCACUACGGCGGGGUGGUGAGCCUGAUCCCGGUGGUGCUGGACUGCAUGAAGGAGUGGGUGGCCCACAGCGAGAAGCUGCCCCGCCACAUGAUGCAGAGCGAGAGACUUGAGAAACUGCUAGACCAAGAUUUUGUUACUCACCGGAAGAGUCCUUUUGCUUGUGAAGCUCCGGCAGCCGAAGUUUGCAUUGCGUUCCCUUGCAAGCCUCACCUUUCAACUGGCAAAAACAAUGGGACAAAGUUUAGCAUUUAACAGAUAAACCCAGGCAGAAAUGCCUUGACAUUUGAGAAUGGAUGCCCUCAGAGGGGGGGAGAAGUGAAGAGGUUUUUAAAAGUGAAGCCUCAGUCUGUGCUCUGAUGAGGCACAGGGAAGACUGAUUCCAGAUUGAUGGGAUCAAGGAGACUCAAUUGUUCAUUUUGAGUCGGUUUUAAAUAAGUUUGGUGACUUCUUUAAUGUAGUCUGUGUCCUGGAAAGGCACAGAGAAUCUGUGAUAGUAUAUCACGGGGGUGACUGUGGUUUGAAGUCACUGGAUAGUCCAAGUUUCAGACUUUGGGAACCAAUCCCAGCUGGACUCACAGAGAUCCAUUGAAGUAACAGUUUAAAAGGAGCAGAGGAAGAAGUUUUAACUACUUUAAGUAAAAGAAGUGAUACUUUAGAGAGUUGAUUCAUCUCAUUCCAGUAUUGUAACUGUUAAUAAGAAUACCUCUAAGUGAGAAACAUUGUAACCACUAAGCUGUGUACCUGAAUAAACUUGAUAUUGUUCUUCUAA